AAGCAAGUCUCUUCCCUUCCUCCACUUUAGUCUUUAUUUAUUAUUCUGAAAGCUACCGGCACUCCGCAAUGGUGUUGGUGAUUGGUGAGACAUUGAGGAGAGAAGUAGAGCAAACGUAGAUUAGUAACAGAAUCAGAGGAUGUCACAGCAGCAAGGCACUUGGUUAAUGAACACCUAUGCUUCGUUCCAUAGAAGGCAUGAACGGCUCAAGAAUUACGUCCACAAUGGAUUCCGAUACCCCUUGCCACCGUGGGGCCGAGCAGUGAUGGGGUUCGUCUACUUUACACUCCCAGUGAUCGGUGGCUAUCACGUGAUGCAAUGGGCAAUCUCAAAGUCGCAUGAAGAAAUUGGAGAAAGAGGAGAAAAACUACGGAACAAGCGCAUCGAAGGGAUUGGCGACAAAGUGGUGGUAGAUGAGUCCACCGGUCAAACGAAAAAGGUCGGAGCGGGUGGUUGGGGCGGUGGUGUCAAUUUGGCCGUCAGCAACGAAACCAUCCAAGAGCGCAAUCUAAGAAGGCUGAAAAAGUGGUUGAAGAAGCAGCGCAAAUUAAAAAGGAAAAGGGAGAAGGAAGAGGCUGCCAAGCUACAACAAACAGUAGAAAGCAACACAGAUAGCUGACAAGGGUGGCAGCCAACAACGGACAGGACAUGCAUGGGACCUUGCCAUUCAGCACAAAGGCAGCCAUCCAACCAACCAACCGAUCAGCCACGAAACAAGCAAGUUUUUGCAUGAUAUGAUUGAAUGGAUUGGCGAUAUAGAUGACUUGUCAGGAUCCGGGACUUGCUUCUAACCUUCUGGACAAUCAGUGGUGACUAGUUGUUUCGAAGAUCAUGAAC